AUGCCAGAGCGCAAGACAGUCCCGGCCCUCAUGCUCGCGCUGCCGCUGCUCUGGUCGCCGCCGGCCGCCGCCCAGGACGAGAUGAGCGAAGCGGAGGCCUUCGUCGCCUCCAACAUCAUCCACAUCCUGCUGCACGAGAUCGGCCAUGCGGUGAUCGACCAGUUCGCCCUGCCGGUCAUCGGCCAGGAGGAGGAUGCGGCCGACAGCUUCGCCACGCUCGAAGUGCUGACCAUCUAUGACGAUCACGUCGACAUCCUGCUCGACGCCGCCGAAGCGAUGCUGAUCAUGCACGAUCUGACCGAGGCCGGCGGCACGCCGCUCGACUAUUUCGGCGUGCACGAUCUCGACAUCCAGCGCGGCCUGCGCAUCGUCUGCCACGCCGUGGGCCUCGACCCCGAGCGGUAUGACGAGGCGGUGCGCUGGACCGAGAUGGACCCAGACCAGCAGGCGGCCUGCGAGAUCGAGGCGGAAACCGCGAUCGAAAGUUGGGACGCGCUGCUCGAACCCUAUCUGCGAGAAGAAGGCGCCUCCGCCGCGCCGGCCCCGGUGACGCUCGAAGACAGCGCCCUGCCUGAGAUGCGGACCUUUCUGGCGGACACCGGCAUCAUGACCGACAUUGCCGGCUAUGUCGGCGAGACCUUCCGCUGGCCGCAAGUGCCGGCGCUGGUGGCCGCCGACUGCGGCGAAGCCAAUGCCUGGUACGACCUCGACACGGUCGAGAUCGUCAUGUGCUACGAGUUCAUCGACGAACUGUUCGCGCUGGCCGAACAGCGCUGA